AUGUUGGGGUCAUGCUUCUAUUCAUCCUUUGGAAAAUAUAUCCAAAUUAAGCCUUAUAUAUUAAGUUCUAAAAUAAUUAAGAAUGUUAAGUUGUUUAGUACAAAAAAAGUACCUAUCAUAUUAAUUGAAAGCAUUAAAGAUAUUAAAAAUAUGGUUAAUCAUAUCGAGACUAUUUAUUCUAACAAUAAUGAAGAAAAAAGAAAAAUUGUUUUUUCUCAUUUUGAAAAAAAUAAAAUUGGAUUUAUUUAUAUGGAUAAAAAUUAUGAAAAAAUUUAUAAUCUCUGGGAAUGUUAUCAUUUAAAAAAUGAACACAUGAGAGAGAAGAAGAAUAAUGUGAAUGAUUAUAAGACAUGUAAUCAUAAUGAUAACAAUAGAAAUAACAAAUUGAAUCAUAUAUUUAAAUUUUGUUCGAAUGAUGAUGGUGAUAUGAAUAUUAUGAAAAAAAAUGUUAUAGGUAUUUAUGUUCCUCUAGAAAGAAAUAUUUUUUCCUCAAAAAUUAAUUAUUUUUAUCUUUUUAAUAAUUUGAAAGAACUAAUGAAAGGGAAAUUAUUUUAUGAAAUUUAUUUUACUUUACCAAAUUGUAUAUUCUUUAUUUCGUUUGUUUCUAUUUAUAAGAAAUUAAUAUAUUAUAACAAACUGAUUAGAUUUUUUAAGAAAUGCUAUAAACAUAAUAAAAAUAACAAUGAAAGAAAAAACACCAAGAAGAAGAAAAACAAAAGAGGAAAUAUAUUAUAUAAAAGUCAUAAAAACAAAAUAAUAAAUAACAAAAAUAAAAUUUUAAUAAAUUUAUAUAGUGAAAAGGAAAAGGAUUUAAAAAAAGAAAUGAAAUUAUAUCUUGAAAAAAUAUUUUUUAAUACCUUAUAUACAAAAGUUAUUUAUGAAGACUCUAUUGAAUUAUCAUCUUUUUUAUAUAAUUUUUUAGAAAUAAAUUUAAAAAAUGUUAUUGACAUGCAUUAUUUAUAUGAAUGUGUUAUUUCAUUAUAUAAUUUAAAGAUUUUAAAACAUGAUAUCUUUGCCACAUCACUUGUUUUAUAUCCUGAUUUGUAUAAUAAUAUAUUAAUAUAUGAAUAUAAAAAGAAAAGGGGCAAAUAUACAAAUCAUGAAUCAAAUAAUAAUAUUAUUAAUAAAUGUGAAGAAAACAAUAUAGACGUAAAUAAUAAGCCGAAUAUAAAUAUACAACAUUAUGAUAAUUUAUUAAAUAAAUCUUAUCUUCAUAAUAUGAAAGACAACAUUAGGAGUAAUAAUUUAAAAGAGUUACAUCCAGAUGAAUAUUUUAUGUGCACAAUUAAAAAAAAAUGUAUCUCCAUAUAUAACAAUAAUGAUAAUAAUGAUAAUAAUGAAUUAGUAAAUUUUCAAAGGCAACUGUUACAUAUUAUGUACCUUUUUCCAUGUGUCUCAAAAUUACUGAUAAAAUAUAAAGAUGUAGAAGGAUAUCAUAUUAGUUUUAAAAUUAAUGACAUAUUAAAAAGAUAUCACUUAUUGAAUUGUAUAAUAAAUAAAUUUAUUAUGAAUAAAAAUAAACUCAAUGACAGCUUGAAUGACCAGGAAGAAAAUGUAAUAUGUGAAGGAGGGAAUAAAGAAGGAGGUGCUAUUAAUAAAGAAUUGAAUAUAAAUUAUAAGAAAUCGAUACAAGAUAGUAAUAAUUCAAAUGGAUAUUAUAAUAAAUCGUCUGGUCAUUUUGAUAAUUCGUGUGAUAAUUUUAAUAAUUCGUGUAAUAAUUUUGAUAAAUCACCUGAACAUUUUGAUAAAUCACCUGAACAUUUUGAUGAAUCACCUGAACAUUUUGAUAAAUCACCUGAACAUUUUAAUAAAUCACCUGAACAUUUUGAUGAAUCACCUGAACAUUUUAAUAAAUCACCUGAUCAUUUUAAUAAAUCAUCUGAUCAUUUUAAUAAAUCUCCUAAACCUAAUAAGAAGCCACAUAUACAUUGUAAUCAACCCCCUGAUAAUUAUGCGUCUUACCAAGACAAUUUAAUCCUUUCGUUGUGUAAGCAAAUAAAUAUUAAAGAAGAUAUAUUAUAUGAUCACGAUUUAAUUAUUGGUAAAAAUAUAUAUGCAUACAUACAUGAAAUAAAUAAGACUAAUCAAAAUAUAGUGUUUCGUUUUAAUUUUAAUUUGAAAGAUAUUAAUUUUCAAAAUGUGAUAUGUUCAAAAAAUUCCUAUGAUGAGGAAGAUAAGGAAGAAAAUAUAAAAACAUUAAAUGAAUAUAUACAAAAUAUAUACAAAAAUAUGUUUUUAGAUGAUAUUAUAAUAGAACAAAGGAAUGAGCACAUUUAUAAUUAUAAAAAUAAUAUAUUAGUAGGACUAUUGCAUGAUAAGGAAAAUAAUUUUCAUUACUUUUCUGAUAAAAAUGUUGGAGAUAUUGUAUUGUGCACAGUGCGUAAUAUUUCUUCAUGUGGCAAAUAUAUAUAUAUAGAACGCUUUGAUACAAAAAAUCUUAUAUUUCUUUUUCGCAAGGAUAAGUAUGUAAAUUUAGAAAGAAAUUAUAAUUAUGAUGAUAUAAAUGAAAUUAAUGAAGAUAUGUUGAAAGAAAUAAUGUAG